AUGCCUUCACUCGAGGAGGUAGAGCCAUACCGGAUUAAGGACCAGUAUCAUUCGCAGGGAAGGACGAUUCGUGUGAUCCAUGUGGGAGCCGGGGCAGCCGGCCUCCUGAUGGCCUAUAAGAUGCAGAAACUUUUUACCGAUUAUGAGCUUGUGUGUUACGAGAACGACGUGCCUGCGCACGCGUAUACCUUUUCAUUUGAGCCAAAUCCCGAAUGGGACUGCUUCUUUGCCUAUGCGCCUCAAAUAAAAGCGUACUUUGAGAACUUUGCCAAAAAGUACGAUCUGUACAAAUACAUCCGGCUCAACUCAAGGGUCACAAGCGCGAGGUGGGAUGAGGCGAAAGGAAUCUACAACGUGAAGAUCACCAGCAACGGCGAUGAGAUCGAAGACUGGUGCCACGUUCUGGUCAACGGAACUGGAUUCCUGAACGACUGGAAGUGGCCAAAGAUUCCUGGUCUGCACGACUUCAAAGGGACUUUGUUGCAUAGCGCCAACUGGGACACGAGCGUAGACUACACGGACAAGACAAUCGCAGUCAUUGGUACGGGUAGUUCUGCCAUACAGAUUGUCCCGCAGGUGCAAAAAAAGGCGAAGCAUCUCGUCGCCUUCAUGCGUUCGGUCACAUGGAUCUCGCCCGUUGUGGGGGAGUCCGAUCUCGAGGCCGAGAAGGCAAAGCACGCGCCUCAUUCCGAGAAGGAUCCGCAGCAAGAUCAAAAGGAGCUCGUCAAACAGUACUGGUACACGGCAGAGGACAAGCAGCGCUUCAGAGACGACCCGGAGUAUCUCCUGAUGUACCGGAAAAAGCUGGAGUCGGCCGUGAACAACCUGUUCGACAUGUUCAUCAGUGGCUCCGAGGUCUCCAAAGGCGCGCACGAGAUGAUGCGUGCCGAAAUGAACAAACGGAUCGGACCUGGUCACGAAGAGUUGAAAAAGAGACUGAUACCUACGUGGUCGCCUGGUUGUCGCCGUAUCACGCCAGGAGACGGAUACCUGGAGGCUCUGGUGCAGCCGAAUGUAACGACAGUGCACGAGGAGAUCGAAAAGAUUGUGCCAGAGGGGCUCGUCGACGCGACGGGCAAGUUGCACGAAGUUGACAUUAUCGCGUGCGCGACAGGAUUCAACAUCGCUUUCGCGCCGCCGUUCGAGGUCGUGGGAACGAACGGCGCCAUUAUGCGCAAGGAGUUCGACCCGGAGCCGCAAGUGUACCUGGCGAUGGCCGUGCCCAAGUUCCCAAACUACUUCAUCGUCAACGGCGUGCGCGGGAAUUGGGCCAACGGCACUUCACUGCCUGGUCACGAAGUGUGCGUCGAGUACAUCCUCAAGUGCGUGAAGAAAAUCCAAGACGAGAACAUCCGUGCGCUCGAGGUCAAGCAAGAGCCCGUCACACAGCUGUACGAACAUAUUGACGCCUGGCACCAAGGUAGCCCGGAGGGCAAGCACAAAGGCAGCGUGUGGAAUGAAGAUUGUAAGAGCUGGUACAAGAACAACAUCCAAGGCGGUAAGCUCUGGAUCUGGGGCGGAUCUGCCCUGCAUUUCAUGAAGACGAUCAAGGAGGUCAAAUGGGAGCACUACGACCAUCGUUACCACGGCGGCAACAUGUGGUCGUACCUGGGCAACGGUAGAGUCAAAGCCGAGAUCAUGAAAGAUGUUGAGAAAUUGGCGCCUUACAUGCGCAAUUCCGACGUGCCCUGGACGAUCGACUAA